AAGGAGUUCAAGAGACGGUUCUUCAACGCGGACAAGCCGUGCGCGUUGGGCGCGAUCGGCGCGGCGUGGCCCGCGAUAGAGAAGUGGCGGAAUCUGGAGUGGUUCAAGGCGACGCACGGGCAUCGAAACGUCCCGCUCGAGAUUGGCGCGUACGACGACGCGAAGCGUUGGCGCGAGGAGACGAUGCCGCUGUCGAGGUUCAUCGACGAGUAUUUACUCCCGGGGCUGGAAGAGGAGCGAGCGGCGGCGGCGGCGGGCGGCGGCGGCGGCGAGGAAGGCGGCGGCGGCGACGAGGAAGGCGGCGGCGCGAAGAACGUCGCGUAUCUCGCGCAGCAUCAGCUCUUCGAGCAGCUCCCGUCGCUGCUCCGCGACUUCGACGCCCCGGACGUGUGCGGCGUCGCGGGCGGCGUGCAGCGCGUGAACGCGUGGAUAGGUACGGCCGGGACGGUCACGCCGUGCCACUUCGACUCGUACGAUAACUUACUCGGGCAGGUGGCCGGGUAUAAGUUCGUUCGGUUGUACGCGGAGAGCGACGGCGCGUUCAUGUAUCGUCACGCGGGGGCGUGGGCGGAGAACCGCUCGGUGGACGUCGAGCGCCCGGACCUGACCAAGUUCCCCUUGUUCGCGAACGCGACGCACAUGGACGUCGUCAUCGGCCCCGGGGAGUUCAUUUACAUCCCCGCGCGGUGCUGGCACUACGUCCGCGCGCUCACGACGUCGGUAUCGCUCAACUUU